AUGACGACGCUCGUUGUGGGCAAGAACCUGCCCGGCAGUCGCAACGACGAGUUCUUUAGCUGGGAAGAGACGACCGGGGACCGCAGCGCCGACGUGGGCGGUGCCUUUGACGUGGAGCAGCUGAUCCAGCGCCAGAUUCGCUUCGACCCCACGGCGCUCUCGCUGAUCUACGAUGUGCCCGAGGCCCAGGAUACGUACUUAUGGCAGUACGAGCACUUGCGCCAGAUCAUGAAGGAGCUGAACGUGCUGGUCGCGCGUCUCGAUGGCCAUUGCACGCGCGAGUCGUGUCCGGUCAUGAAAGCCACGGACGAGUGGGUAUUUCUAUGUGCAGCCCACAAAGCGCCGAAAGAGUGCUGUGCGUUUGAGUACAUUGUGCACACGAUGGAUAAUGUCAAUACGUUGCUCACGAGCAGUCGCGUGUUCCCGUCGCGGACGAACAUCAGCUCGAAUGCCACGCAGUACUUCCAGUCGGUCUCACGAAGACUCUACCGCAUCUUUUCGCACACGUACUUUCACCAUCCUGAAGUCUUUAGCGACUUUGAGGACCUGACGAACUUGUGCCAUCGGUUUGUUUACUUUGCGCUGCACUUUUGCCUCAUUCCAAAGAGUUUGCUGAUCAUUCCUGACAUUGGCUGA